AUGGCGACGACUAUUCCCGCGCAGCGCCAGGCGCAGCAGCCCGGCGUGCAACACGAGAUGGAGCCGCGGCCGUCCGUCACUCGCGAGGCAUACAAGCCGGCCGACAAGCUCAAGGGUAAGAUCGCACUGAUCACGGGAGGCGAUUCAGGCAUUGGGUGGAGCGUUGCACACUACUUUGCACUGGAGGGAGCGGCGGUGGCGUUCACGUAUGUGUCGCCGCGGGAGGACAAGGACGCCCAGGAGACCCUCCGCUUGCUGCGCGACGCCCAGCGCCCCGAGCACAAGCAGCCGCUCGCCAUCCCCGUGGACCUCAGGCACCACGACCAGUGCAAGGAGGUGGUGCGGAAGGUGGCGGAGCACUUUGGGGGGAACAUAGACGUGCUGGUGAACAACGCAGCGGAGCAGCACACCCACAAGACCCUCGAGGAGAUCUCCCCUGAGGAGUGGGACCGCACCUUCAAGAUCAACAUCCACGCCUACUUCUACAUGGCAAAGUAUGCUCUGCCGCACAUGAAGGAGGGUAGCUGCAUCAUUAACACCACAUCAGUUGCCGCCUACAGUGGCAAUCCCACUCUCCUCCCCUACUCCACCACCAAGGCUGCCAUUGUUGGUCUCACUCGCUCGCUCGCACUCAUGGUGGUUGAUAAGGGGAUCCGCGUGAAUGAGGAGAAGCACGUGGAAGGGUUUGGCAAGCAGGUGCCCAUGAAGAGGGUGGCCCAGCCGGAUGAGAUCGCCCCGUCCUAUGUGUUCCUGGCAUGCGAUGACUCCUCGUACUUCACCGGCCAAAUGCUCCACCCCAAUGUUCCUCGGUUUCCCUCCUCCACAGUCCUCUUCUCUCACCUGGUGAAGACGAUUCACAGCCGCAAGUAUGGAGUGGAUCAGGUGGUCUUCACUCACCACCCCUCAGCCGUGCUCUACUCCUCCAAAAACGGCUGGGAUGAAUCGCUGCGCUAUCUAUCCCUCUACGACAAUCGUUAUCUACGCUACUUCAAAGGUCAUCGGGACAAAGUCGUCUCCCUGUGCAUGUCACCCAAAAACGACUCCUUCCUCUCAGGAGCCCUCGACCACACUGUCCGACUGUGGGACCUCAGAACGUGCGAGUGCCAGGGCUUAAUGCGAGUGAGGGGGCGGCCAGCAGUGGCAUUCGAUCAGCAGGGGCUCGUCUUUGCAGUGGCCAUGGGGGGAGGCGCGGUGAAGCUGUUUGAUGCUCGCUCGUACGAGAAGGGUCCCUUUGACACAAUGCUGGUGGGGGGAGACGAGGACGAGGUGACAUCCAUCAAGUUCAGCAACGAUGGCAACCAGAUCCUCGUCUGCACUCUCAACGGCCGCAUAUACCUGCUGGACGCGUUUGAAGGGCAGAAGCUACACACUCUCUGUGUCGUACCUGACAUUGACGGUGCCCCGUUGGAGGCCUCUUUCAGCCCAGAUGCCAAAUACGUCGUAUCAGGCUCGGGUGAUGGCACGGUGAAGGCUUGGAGUGCCACCACUGGCGCUCAG